GUGCCAAGAUGGUGGUUCUGUCCAAAGAAUACGGCUACGUGGUCCUGACUGGUGCUGCCAGUUUUAUUUUGGUAACACACCUUGCAAUAAAUGUUGGGCGAGCACGCAAGAAAUACAAUGUGGAGUACCCAAUCAUGUACAGUACGGACCCUGAAAACGGGCACAUGUUCAACUGUAUCCAGAGGGCACAUCAGAACACGUUGGAAGUAUACCCUUCUGUCCUGUUUUUUCUUGCCACAGGUGGAGUCUACCACCCACGUGCCGCUGCAGGACUCGGUGUAGCGUGGAUCAUCGGAAGACUGCUCUUUGCCUACGGCUAUUACACAGGAGAGCCCAAAAAGCGAAACAGAGGAGCCAUUGGCUCAUUUGCCCUCUUGGGCUUAGCGGGGACUUCCCUGUGUUCAGCUUUCCACCUCCUUGGCUGGUUGAACCGUGUCUAG